AUGGUCGAACAAAAAUUUCAAUACAAUCAACAACAAUGCAUUCUCAAAGUUAUGAUCUGCACAGGUGAGGACGAUCCAUUAGGUUUCCUCCUUGCUGAACAAUUACUCACUCGUGGUUCGAAACAAUUCGAACAAAAUCCAUUCGCUGAAGCAUUAGAAAGUAACAUUUCACCAUUUGCUAGAUGUGUUCAUGUUGGAUUAUUGGUUCAUCCCACUCAUGUAGAAUCUGACAAUGUCAAGAAUCUCAUUCAAAAGUAUCAAUCUACAAAUUUAUUAACCUGCAUCGUUGGAGAUGCUUUGGAGGAGAAACCAACCGAAUUGUGUAAGAAACUUGAUCAUUAUCAAGUGAUUGUUUCGGCUGCCUUGAGAAACUCCAUUCUCCAUCCACAUACUCAGUUUAGAACAGAAAUGAAUUUGAUUGAAACUUGCAAAUUGUUAUCUCAACAACCAUAUGGAAUUUUCAAAAGUUUCGUUCCAUGUCAAUUCAUGUUUGAUUUUUCCAAGUUACAACAAAGUAUGGUACUUGGAAUGGGAAGUAACUUUUCAAUUGUUUGGUCUUUCAUUCAGGAACGUAAAUUAAUUGUUGAAGCAUUGAGGGCCAAGUCAAUUCCAUAUAUGGUAUUUAAUUGUGGAUUGUGCACUGACUAUUUAGUUGAGUUUCUCACAUUUUCAGAUAUUAUCGAAGAGAGGAAUAUCAGAGGUUAUGGAGGAGAUAUGACUGUUCAACUCUAUUUAGAUGGAGACUUCUCAGAUUUGACAAUUGACUGCACUUCCCUUAAAGACAUUGUCCAAAUUGCUGCUUGUAAAAUUUCACAAAUUGGAACUGAUGUUCCCUGUGGAUUCCAAGAGUAUUCAUUCAGGGGAGAUCGAAUUAACUUGUUGCAAAUUGCACAAUCCCUAAAUUGGAAAUUGGUCAAGUUGGGUUCCACCAAGGAUUGUGAACAGUAUAUUCACAAACUUGUGUCCAUUAUUCAACAAGAUGAAAAUCAUGGACACGAUCAAGAUAAGUACAGACUCGCUGCUCUAUUGAUGAAAUACUUGAUCGGAACCAAUCAAGCUGUAAUGUCUGAUUCACUCCUAACUCCGAAAGCUAAAUUGGUUGAGAAGGGUUUCAACUUUGAAAAUGUCAUUCAUUUCACCACUGAACAUUUCCCAAUUUCACAAACCAAUCCAAUCCACUAA